UCUAAAGAUGGCUGUAUUCUGAUUCUAGAUCCCAGGGUGAACCAUUGGAUGAUGAUGAGCAGCCCUCUUCCAACGAUAGCGAUAUGCCUAUUUUACGCUUAUUUCAGCAAGGUUUUGGGACCGAGGCUAAUGGAGAAUAAAAAGCCUUUCAGACUCCGGGGAAUCCUGAUAACGUACAACCUGAUCCAAACGCUAUUCUCCACGUGGAUCUUCUACGAGUACUUGAUGAGUGGCUGGGCGAAAGGAUACAGUUUCCGGUGCCAGCCGGUCGACUACUCCAACAACGCCAUGGCACUCCGAAUGGCCAACACGUGUUGGUGGUAUUACAUUAGCAAAUUCACCGAGUUCUUCGAUACCCUGUUUUUCAUUCUGAGGAAGAAGAACCAACACGUGUCGACGCUCCACGUGAUCCACCAUGGAAUAAUGCCGUUCUCGGUUUGGAUGGGCUUGAAGUUCGCACCGGGUGGCCACAGCACUUUCUUCGCUCUCUUGAACACUUUCGUACACAUUAUAAUGUACUUCUACUACAUGGUGUCUGCAAUGGGUCCCGAAUAUCAGAAGUACAUCUGGUGGAAAAAGUACCUGACUAGCUUGCAAAUGGUGCAAUUCGUGUUGAUCAUGAGUCACCAGUUCCAGCUUCUGUUCACCGAGUGCGAUUAUCCUCGUGGCUUCAUGAUCUGGAUCGGUUUGCACGGCGUGCUUUUCUUAGGUCUUUUCUCGGACUUUUACAAAGCGAAAUACGUGGACAGAAGCAAGAAACUAAAGGAGAAGAGUUUACAGAAUGGCUCGUCCGGUCUUUGUAUGCCUAUAUUAGAGGAUUCAGUGCCACGGCAAAACGGUGUCUCGUCGUAUGCGACGAUCUACAACAAGGAGUACAAUAGUUGUUACAGCAACGGAACCAACAACGGCUACGUUGCCAACAACAACACGGAGAAGAAGAUCGCUUAGAAUAAUCUGAUUUUGGUGAAGGCUCGUAAAAAAAGAAAAAGAAAAAAAAAAGAAAGAUAGAAUACCACUGAGAUACCAAAUCACACGAUACAAGUUAAUCACGCGUUGAAUCUCGUCGAUACUUUCGAAAAGAUCGUGCAGUGACUUCGUACGUAACAUAUUGUUGAUCGAUUUAACACGAGUAGUGACUACACACGGUUCCACAGAAAGAGAUCAACCUAUUCCUCCUGAUAUCCGAUGUGGCCGAUACGCGAGAAAUAUAAAAACUAUGCUAGUUUGUAAUUCGCCGCGAAGUCUGUGUUCAUGUUCAUGCGGUAGAGUCGUCGACGGGAGAGACCAGUUGCGCAUACGUUUGAUUUCUUGCUAACGCUUUAAAUUAUUUCAUAUUACCCUAGAUUAAUGGGGGAGUGGCGAUUACGUUUUAUCAAAAUAGUUUAUAUAUGGGAAUAAUAUAAGGGGUGUAUUUAAGACUUAUUACUGAUAAUAUAUUAUUAAAGGGACUUACAUUGUUUGUGUAUUGUGUAACCGCGUCCGCAACCGGAUUGUGGAUGGUCCCGCUGAAAAUCAUAUGAUGGCUCGUCGAUGGCUUUACGGAGGGGAAGCAUAAACGAACGUGAAGAACGACCGGGGAAUGCGAAAAGACCUGAGUAAA